UCGUUAAAAAUCGUUUCAGUUGCGGUGCUCAACUCGGUACGAACAGACGAACUGUUGCACUGCCUUUGAGUGUGAAAGAAAAAAGGAAAGAAAUUUUUUACUUUGUGUAUUUUCUUUUUCUUUUAAAUUGAGUAUUCUAAACAUUUAUUUGAUCACGGAAAGAUAACGCAUAACCGGAUCGAGAAACAAAAGGAGGAAACCAACAUAAAAACGACAGCAAUCGAAAGUAGAGAAGGAAAUAAAAUGCAGGCGAUAAAUUAUCUGGUCAUCGUUGCAGCACUGACCCUAGUUCAUGUGGUUGUUCCGUCAGCUCAGGCUGCUAUCGAAGUAACAAAUGAGCAAAUACGAGACGGUUUACUGUCGCUGGUUCAUUCAUACAGUCAGCUCGAGAAUAAACUAGAGCGACAUGAGCAACGAGAACGAGCAUUGGGAGAAAUUAUUAAACGUGGCUUGCAGGCAUUACAAAAGGGACAAAAAAUCUUCGAUCCAAUGCAAGGAUCAUAUGUUCGGCUUGAAGAGCGUGUCGGUCAAAUCGAAACACUUUUAAUGACUUUGGAUGAGAAAUUUAAUGAACAAUCGAAAACAAAUAAAGCAAUUGAAUCGAUUGAAAAAUGGACGGCAUCACAAUCAAAAUCGUCCAAUUCAGAUAAACUCAUUGAACUAAGCAAUCAAGUUGAAGAUUUAUCGGUGAAUGUUAAAGACUUACGAAAGGUAGUCGAUGAGCUACGUGUGAAACAUGACCAUGAUUCACAAGCCUCCAAUGAUUCUUUGUCCAGCAUUGGUGAUAAUUUGGUUAAAAAAUUGGACGAAAAUGCCAAUGCCAUUGGCAAAAUUCAGGAGAAUUUGGGCAAAAUUGGUGGUGUCAAGUCAUCGGGCGAUGGUUCAUUGGAGGACACAAUUUCAAAAGAUUUACAAUACAUUAAAUCGAACAUUGGUGCCCGUUCAUGUGGUAACAGCGACUCUGAAAGUGGUGCAAUUGACAAAGACUUCCUCAUUUCAUUGAACAAUCAAACGCUUGACGCAAUCAGUGAUAUGCGACACGAGGUAUUGACAGCAUCUGAUAAAAGUCUCAUAAAAACCACGACAAAACUUAAAGAAACCGCCACCGCACUGGACACAUCGAUCAACGAAUUGCUGAAAAAUAUUGGCGAAGGUUGUGACGGUAACGGUAUAAGUGAAUCAAAACAAAAUGAAAUCCAUAAAUUGGAACAAAUGCUGGCACAAAUGGGUGACAAUGUACUGUCAAUCAAACGUGGCAUCGAAUUUAAUGUGCACGCCAUUACGUUGGAAGUGGGUGAAGCGAUUAAACAAAAUUCAAAGAAUUUAGAGUCGGCAAUCGGUGAUAAAUUUGAAGCCAUCAAUGAAACUAUAUGGAACAAUCAUAAUGGAGCAAUUACAAAUUUAACGGACAAAAUUGAAUCGGAGAUCAGCCAAGUUUGGCGCCAGAUUGGUAUUAUGUAUCAAGAGGUUUCAUCGAGCAAGGAUGCAUUGAAUAAAUUACAAGAGCUCACCACAUCAUAUGUCAAUGGCACCGUUGAAACAAUGGAUCAUAUGCAAGGAAAGGUAUCUCAAAUCACUGGUCGAAUGAGUGAAGUAGAUGAGAAUCUCAAUUACCUCUUGGGUCGUCUAUCUUUAGUAACACAAGAAUUCAAUCAAAUUAAAACUGGCCUUGGAAACGCAUUGGAGAACAUUCGCAGCAGUUUUCAAUUAGUACAAAAUAAAAUCCAAGUGGUCGGACCGGGCCCUCAUAAAAUUGAAUCGGAAGAAAACGAAGAGAUUCCUGAUUUCCAAUUGCUACCACAACGAGAUCAACCACAACCGGCUCCGGCUACAAAUUAGUUGUAUAUCAACUCAACCCGAAUCUCAUCAAUCGAGAAAUGUUCGCAUUCGUUAGAUUAUUAGUUUGUGACAUAUAAUUAGCCAAAUGUUUUUUUUUUUUAUAUUUUCUUUUUCUUUCAUGCAAUUACCAAAGCAAUUCACAUAUUUCUCGUCCAGAUUAUCGCAGUUUGGGUCACAGAGUAUAUAGAAUUUAUUUUGAAACAUGCCAAUUUACCUUAUUUGUAUUUCGAUUCCUUUGGAUUUAAAUAAAAUUCGUAAAUCAUUGAAACUACCUA